AUGACCCGCUUCUUCAGUUACUUCAACAACCUAUCCAGCGGCUACCCCGCAAACUACGGCACAACAGCCAAUGAUCCCCGCCGCUAUCAUCAUUCUCCUGGAUUAAGAGGCCUCUACGGCCAUCAGAUGCAGCACAACUACCCCUACCCAAGAGCAAACAACUGGACAAGUAACAGUAACGGCAGCAGCCGACUAACCAGUAUCCCUCGAUCCUCUCCACGAAGCUCCUUCACAAGCGGACUCUUCAACGUCUCGGAUAGCACACUUACUAGCAUAAGAGGCUUGACUCCGCAAGUAGCUCCACAAGCGGGAUGUUUAAUGGAUCCUGGUAUGGUGGGAGUCGGACGAGUAGCUCGAGUGGUUAUAGUGGCUUAG